AUGGCUACCGUCACCCCACACUUAUCAGACACUGAUACCACUCGAUGCAAGAGCUUGGACCAGCUCGAGUCAUCCUUCAAGCGAUCUGUGGAAGAGUAUAGUCAGACUGUUCCUUCCGAUCAGACCGAUGUUCCGGAACAUGUUAAGAGACAACAUCUCUUCGGAAAUGGACGAGAAGGUACAAUCGUCAGUCACGGCUUAUGCGCAAAGGAAAAUCCUGCUCUCGUGACUGAGUAUCUUCCUCAAUUUUCUGAUCGGAUAUUACCCUUUGAAAUGUAUCCUGGGUGGAAGGAAAGCCGACAACAAGAUGCAGAUCGCAUCACCAGAUAUGAAUGCAUUAUCAGUGGGCUAGUUGCAGAUUAUCCUGAAUAUACUUCCAAAGACGAUAGGGUCGAAUGGUAUAGAGAUCCCGAGGCACCCAGGCUCUCCGAUAUGGAAGCCGCAGCCAACAUCUUCAAGUACGUCAGUGAAUUUCCCGAAGCUUCAGAUACGAUGCAUACCAACAUCGGAUUUCCAGGUCAAUGGAUGAUGCCAUUUUUCCAAGAACCUGCUCAUCCAGAGGAUGAACCUGUAUCUCGUCCUCAAUAUAGCCUCACUUCCCAUACUAUAGCCACUUGUCCAUACUUCGUCUUUCCCGAAAAACAUACUACGGAAAUUACCACCCACAAAGACAAAGUGUGGGGACGACCUAUUCCGGAAGGCCUCUUGUGUGCAGUGGAUCAAAGUCUCCGAGAGGAUCUAGAUAGCGGAAUUGAUACGAAAGCCUUUACUGUCAAGGGCAAGGUCAACAGGGAACAGGCAGGUGAACUCUUCCCGCAUGCCCUGGAACUCAAUCGAAUGCUGUUCAGAGCAGUCCAGAGAACUGGGAGAAGUUUGUUAUCUGGGGAACUCUCGCUUGAAGAAUUGGCGAAUCGGAGACUCCCCGAUGCUGAGACGUCAUUUCCUAUUCCAGACACUCGAGGUGGUGUCUCUUUGGAGGUAGAGACCGAGGGUACUGGGAGAAUAUCAAUCCAACAUGUCUGGAGGUUCCCUCCUGCUGAUACAAUGCACGAUAAAGUUGGAAUACCCGCGGAGUCAUCGUCAACUGAGGGAGCAAGUGGCAGCGAGGCAGUACCUGAGAUAGCCACUUCGGACGCUGGCGUAUCCAAGGAGUUCGGAGAUCUCAAUCUCGAUCUUGCUUAG